CUGCGCACUGCGUCCCGCCCCGGACGGACAGGCUGCCGGCCCCGCCGGCAGGAGGGGGUGCUCCAGAGCUCAGCCUGAACCUAGCCAACCUCCAGGACCCAAGUAAAGCCAAGCAAACUGCUCGGCAGCGGGAGCCUACGCUGGGGCCCCAAGCCCCAGCAAGUUGCCGCUGCCUGCACAUCUGGCACCACUGGAACUCUGGAGCGCCACUGCCUGCCGGCUGGGCUGGACUGGACAGACGGACGUGUGCCCCGCGGCCGGGCUCCACUCCAGGAGCCCACCCCAUGACUGAGCAGGGGAGCGAGAGGAAGGAAGGCGGUCCCCCACCCCACCUGCAGCCUCGGUGCCCCCGACAUGAUCCCCUACUUCUCUGCCAACGCGGUCAUCUCCCAAAACGCCAUCAAUCAGCUCAUCAGCGAAAGUUUCCUCACUGUGAAAGGUGCAGCGCUCUUCCUGCCACGGGGAAAUGGGUCCUCCACACCGAGAAUCAGUCACAGGCGCAACAAGCAUGCAGGGGAUCUUCAGCAGCACCUGCAGGCCAUGUUCAUAUUGCUCCGCCCUGAAGACAACAUUAGGCUGGCCGUGAGAUUGGAGAGCACAUACCAGAACCGCACUCGCUAUAUGGUAGUGGUUUCAACCAAUGGCAGACAAGAUACUGAAGAAAGCAUUGUCCUAGGGAUGGAUUUCUCCUCUAAUGACAGUAGUACUUGUACGAUGGGCCUGGUCCUGCCUCUCUGGAGUGACACCCUUAUUCAUUUGGAUGGCGAUGGGGGGUUCAGCGUUUCAACAGAUAACAGAGUUCACAUAUUCAAACCCGUGUCCGUGCAGGCAAUGUGGUCUGCCUUGCAAAGUUUACAUAAGGCAUGUGAAGUGGCCAGAAGUCAUAACUAUUACCCAGGCAGCCUAUUCCUCACCUGGGUGAGUUACUAUGAGAGCCAUAUCAACUCUGACCAAUCCUCUGUCAAUGAGUGGAAUGCCAUGCGAGACGUGCAGUCCCAUCGCCCAGAUUCACCAGCUCUCUUCACAGACAUCCCAACUGAACGAGAACGCACAGAACGGUUAAUCAAGACCAAACUAAGGGAAAUCAUGAUGCAGAAGGACUUGGAGAACAUCACAUCCAAAGAGAUACGCACAGAAUUAGAAAUGCAGAUGGCCUGCAAUCUUCGAGAAUUCAAAGAGUUCAUAGAUAAUGAGAUGAUUGUGAUCCUUGGGCAAAUGGACAGCCCCACCCAGAUCUUUGAGCAUGUGUUUCUGGGUUCAGAAUGGAAUGCCUCCAAUUUAGAAGACUUACAGAACCGAGGGGUACGAUAUAUCUUGAAUGUUACUCGAGAAAUAGAUAACUUCUUCCCAGGAGUCUUUGAGUAUCAUAACAUCCGGGUAUAUGAUGAGGAAGCCACAGAUCUACUGGCUUACUGGAAUGACACUUACAAAUUCAUCUCUAAAGCCAAGAAGCAUGGCUCUAAAUGCCUUGUACACUGCAAGAUGGGGGUGAGCCGGUCUGCCUCCACUGUGAUUGCUUAUGCUAUGAAGGAGUAUGGCUGGAACCUGGACCGUGCCUAUGACUAUGUGAAAGAAAGGCGCACGGUCACCAAGCCCAAUCCCAGCUUCAUGAGGCAGCUGGAGGAGUACCAAGGGAUUCUGCUGGCAAGCAAACAGCGGCACAAUAAGCUGUGGCGCUCCCACUCAGAUAGCGACCUCUCAGACCACCAUGAGCCGAUCUGCACCACAGGGAUGGAGUUUAACAGGAAGGAGAUCACCACGUCAGCGGACCAGAUCACAGAGGCGAAGGCCAUGGAGAGCCACCCUCCGAUGCCUCCUGUCUUUGUGGAACACCGGGUCCCCCAGGAUGCGAGCACCCACGAACUGGACCCGAAAGACAGGAUGAUCUGCCUGGAGUUUGCAUCCAGAGAAUUUCAUACGGGACAAAUUGAGGAUGAAUUGAAUCUCAACAACAUUAACGGGUGUGCAGCGGGCUGUUGCCUGAGCGAAUCCAAAUUUCCCCUUGACAAUUGCCAUGCCUCGGAAGCCUUAAUCCAGCCAGAACACUCCUUGGAGAUAGCCCCGAGGUUCCCAGACCUAACAGUGGAAGACCUGGAGACAGACGCGCUGAAGGCAGACGUCAGCGUCCACUUACUGCCCAUGGAGGAGCUGACGUUCCGCCUGAGAGACCUCCCUGUGUCUCCGGACCCAGAUUCACCGGGGCGCCCGCCCAACUCCCAGCCGGAGGCAUCAGACUUCAGUACUGACCGCAUCGACUUUUUCAGUGCCCUCGAGAAGUUCGUGGAGCUCUCCCAGGAGACCCGGCCCCGCUCGUGCUCCCACUCCAGGUCUGAGGAAGCCGGAGGGGGGAGGAAUGGAGGCAUCCGUUUGUCAGUGCUGGAAACAGCCCCGUGCGAGGCGAGCCCCGAGGGCCAGAGGAGCAGCUCCUCGAGCAACACUCCCCAUGUGUCAGGAGAUUCUUCCCUGGAUGAAGACCAGCCAAAGGAUACGUCUGAACUGGUUAGCCCAGAGGGCAUGAUGCAGUCCCACUCAGAAAACGCCAUUUCAGUGAAAGAAAUCAUCACUGAAAUCGAAUCCAUCAAUCAGGGAAUCGGGCAGUGUCAACCGAAGGUGGAUAGCGUAGCCAGCUCAUGCCACACACCAAAGAGAAACACGAUCCACGAGUUACCCCUCUUUGAGGCGACCUGGACUGCCGAGAGUAAGCCGGGCAACUUGGACCAGAGGGAGGGAGUGUGCGCAGUGCAGCCUGACCUGGCAAAGGGGGACCAGGAGGCCAUGCUCGUUGCCCCAACCCCUCUGGAAGAUGUAGAAGAGGGGGAUCUAACGGAGGAGGACGCAGAGUGCCGAGGCCCAGGCACGAGCCCAGCCCCCAAAUGGUGCCCUGGCUCUGUGAGACGGGCAACCUUGGAGUUUGAAGAGAGAUUGAGACAGGAGCAAGAACACCACAGUGCCGCCCCUCUCAGCACGCUGCCCGCUCGCAAGAACUCCAGGAACGAUGCUGCUCUACCCGAUGGAACUCCGAGAGGCAAGAAUGAAGAAGCUGCUCCGGAACCUGCCGCGGGCCCAAAGGAACUGGAAUUGAGCAAGACUAAAACAAAAGAGGGCGGCGGCUUGGAGGCCUUCCCUCCCCAGCCUGAGCAGGAGGCUGACCCACAGGCGCCUGCGCUGCUGGGAUUUCACCCCAGCCCAGCUUUUCCAGAGCGUCCCCUCGAUUUUGGAGCAAAAGCAGAGAGAGUAUCAAAGGAGCCCCCAACAUCCAAGACAAAGCCUAUCCUGGAGCAUCUUCCCAAAAGGAUUGAAAUCAUUGAAUACACUCCCAUGGUGACCUCUCCGGACCUCACGUUUGACUUGGCGACAGCAGAAAAGAACGGGGAGCCAGUGCUGAAGACAGUCAUGGUGGAGAAGUCCAUCGCGGUGAUGUGUGCCGUGGAUGAAAAUCUCAACACCACGCUGUGCCCAGAGCUGGCUUCUCUCCAUCCUCAAGUGCUCCCUCUGCUACGUCCUGCGUCCCUUCAGCACGACGCAGCUCCCCAAACUGCCUUCACCCCAGACAGUCCUGAGGACGAAGACUCCCGGCCCCCCUCUCCUCCAGGAACGGCUCCUCUGGGCAGCCCUGCAGCCCACUUCCCUUCUGCUAGCUUGGAUUGCUUGCACCCCCAGACUGUUCUUCACCUAGAAGGUGUGACCCAGGAAAGCAGCACCACAGACCGCGAGCCCUGGUCAGAGCCCAGCAGCAUCCAGGGGCUCCCCAGGGGUAGCGACAGCCCUCAGGCCCCGUGGGGCGCUGACCCCCCGAGAGUGCUGAGCCCCCUUGGUGAGAGCACGAGGGACGUCCCCGAGACGCUGGCCCCCCCUGCCCCCCACAGACUCUCCCACAGUUCUAGUAGUGACAGUAUAAGUGUCAGCCACAGGGUCAGGGUGGCAAAAAAGCAUUCAAAAGAAAUUGAGUCCCGCAUCCUUCGGCAGGCGGGGCUCACCAGGCCGUCCCAGAUGAAACGCUCGGCCUCUCUAGCGAGGCUGGAUCACCUGAAUCUGCACAGCGGUGGCUUUCCGGAGGUAGAGUUGGUAUCUCUGGAGGCCCCCCAUCCCGGCCUGCAGCCCGUCGUCAGGACGGCCCGGGGGGCGUCUGGCCUGCACGAGCCCUCAGAAGGCCCAGGACCCCUUUCCCAGCCCCCAGAGCCCACCACGUAUUUUGUAGAACCGCUUAAAAUGGAGGAGUGUCUCGCUCAGAGCAAGCCCGUCGAGAGGCCUCUGGUGCAGUAUGCCAAAGAGUUUGGGUCAGCUGCGCAGUGUUUGCUUCCCCAGCCAGGACAUGAAUUGACUAGUUCUGGGGAGGGCCUUCCCUCGCUCCAGAUCCAGCAGGGACUGGAUUCUCCGGGCCCGGGCCCGGGGCGGACUGUGGCCGCUCCACAGCAGCCCGGGAGAACUCACCCCCUUAGGAGACUCCGAAAGCCCAAUGACAGAAAGCGGACGAGCAAUCCCUUCUAUCAUACCAUGUGACCCAGAGCCCUCCCAGGACUUUUCAAGGGAAAUCUUUGCUUGUCGAAGGGGCAGGUGUAAUAUGUAAGGAACAUGCACUUUAUUGGUUCAUUUUCUAUGUUUUGGUCCUUUUGCUAUUGUUGGCGCAUGCAGGGUUUGGGUUUUCUGUGUGUGACUUGGACUGCGAGACCAUGGUAUCUUUCGUUUUUGUUUUUGUUCUUUAAGAAACUCGGACAACCUCAAACAAAUUUAAAAACACCUCAUUUUCUAUGAACACCGUCAGAUGCCAAUUGCUGUUUUUCAGUCGGCUGCCCCUGCUUCUCGUGCCUCUGCUGAGGAGGUGCCACCUCCAAGGCCAGGGGAGUCGGGGAGGCGGCCGAUGGAGAAGCAGGAGGGGGCGGAGGCAGGUGGAAAUGGGCAGGGCGGGGCUGGGGGUCUUUCAGCUGGUGAUCUGGCCUCAGGGGUCCCCCGCACUGUGGGGGGAGGAGCAGGAGCUUUGCUUGCAGGGGGGCCUUCUCCCCAAGCUCGAGCUCUGGGGCCCAUUGCUGAAGGAUGUGGCAAAGGGCAGGAUCUGCUGAAGGCCUGCCCUGCCCUGCCCGGCUCUUCUGGGAGACGCCUUCUCCAGCCCUCCGCGCUUAGCCUAGAGAAAAGUGCUUUGACUAGAAAAGAGAAGAAGGAAGGACCUGCUGAGAAACAGCAAGGGAAGAUGAGUGUUCCCGGAAAAUGAGCGUCUGCAGGGUUUAGCCCUUUCGUUACUUGAAUACUGCUGUGGGCCUUCUGGGUCCAAUGGCCACGCUUCCCUGCCGUCUCUUUUCCUCCCCGUACCACGUUUCCUCCGAUGCUGCCUAUGUUUUGUGGGUAUUUUUUUAUUGUUUCAUAGGAGACAUUUGAAUUGUUACAUGACGUGUACAGCCUCCAUCAAGUGCAAAGCUUUCUUUUCUAGGUUGUCACUGUUAACACUUGACGAAAGGGGUUUUUUUUCCUUUCCUGGAAGUUUUGUCAUUUCCCUAAAUUGUAUAUACAAUAUUUAUGUAGAUAAUUUUGUUAUUUCCUUAUGAUUUUGGGGUGUGUGUGUGUGUGUGUGUGUGUUCUUGGUUUUGUUUUGCUUAUAAUAGAGCAAGACUGUGGUCUGUAACUGGAAAAUAUCCACAAAGAUGUCAUCUCAGAGUAGCUCUGUGGGUGUCACUGGGACGGAAGACCUAGAACCACCCCCAGAAUCCUGCCAAAUCGUGUAGCCUUGACUUCCCCUCCCGAAGCCCCCCGCUAGCCCCAGGCCUUAUGCACGGCCUGAUGUUUCUUGGGCCUGAGAUUCCAGAAGGCAAAGUGUGCCGGUGGCAGAUCCACAGCCGGAGACGGCUAAGGCUGUUACCACCCAGAGUUUCCAAUCCUGGUGGAGGCUGGAAGCGGAGGGCAGCGUGAGCUCACUUGCUAAUAACUCCGUGUAGACCAGCCGGCCGGACAGCUGCCUGCGGGCGUCAGCUGUAAGCACCCUCCCUCUUCGCUCCCCGUAAACAGUUUGCCUGUCGGGGCCCGGCCGGAGGGACCCACAAAUCACCCUCCUGCCUUUUGUCUUGGUUGAAGCCCCUGUUGGGAAAGGAGGGGCUGGGCCAGCCCUUGAGAUGGGCCUUCCAGUGGUGUGGGGGAGGGCAGGCCUCGGAUCCUCCUCCCCCGCCUCCCCUGUCUCUGUGGCCUGUGGCCGUGGAUGUGGCUGCUCUCAUCCAGCUUCUUUAAAUGCUCAAACAGGUGGACGUUAUGAUUCAUCUCAUGUGAUUCCUGGAUAUUGACUGGGUUGCAAAAUGUUCUUUAAUGGUGCCUGUCUACGUGCAGAGGCCGGAGAGGAAGCGGUCCUUCGAUGAUCUCAUGGCACCUGUGCAGUCUUCGCAUCGAGGACCUCCCAGGGACCACCCCAGGGAUCAGCCACUAUGUGUGCGAGACAGACAGACAGACAGAAGAGCGCGGCCGAGGAAAGGGACCCGCCGCCCCAAAUCACAAGCGGCAAAAGAGUUUCUGGCGCUCCUUCCCUCAUAGACAAGGAGCCAAAAGAAUCUCAAGGUGGGGAUGCGCGGCUGUGAAACCACGUCUUUGGUGGAAGCGCAGAGAAGAGGGCCUCGGCCUUCCCUGCCAGCGCCGGGCUCCCGUGUUAGCCUCCCGUGCGGGGCCCCUCAGCCAAGCCCGUCUGUCACAGUACGGUGGAGCAGGAGCCCCGCUGGUCGUGCCAGGCCCACCUUGGUCUCUUCCCCACUAGAACCUGCCAUCUCUCUUACUCGUGGGAAGGCCAGCCCUGAAACGUCUGGGUCUUGGCAGACGGGCAGAGCUGGGCAGGGAAAUCCGUGUCUGGUCUCCUGUUGCUGUGAAUAUCUAAAAUGAAUCAAGUUCACCUUAAAAAAUAAUAAUAAUAACUGGAAUCUUCUCUCCCACACCGGACAAGGCAGAGCUGGGUCCAGGGGCUCUCCCAGGAGCUGCGCUGAAAUCUUUGGAGUUUCUGAAGGGCUUCCGAACGGUAUGGGCCGAAGACAAAUAGCAAGAUUGUGUCGUGUUGUUUUGUUUUUUAUGAAAAUACUACCCGGUGUAGUAAUGCUCGUUUCUCCAGGGCCUCUUUAUUGCCUUCAGGCUUCAGAAAGGAGACGCCGCGUGCCUCCCAGGCUCUUUGGGCCCUUCCUGAUUCUGUUUCUGCCCCGCCGGUAUCUCCUGAGGUUGUGGAGUUGGGCUGACCUUUCCUCGGGGGUCUCUCUGAAAACAGACGUUCCUUUCCUGGAAUGUAGCAGAAUUUGAGACACUCGCCUGCUCUGUGUUCAGGUCCAAAGUAACCCAAGAGAAACCACAAGAAGUAGCUAACCCACUAAGCAAAAAGAGGUCGUGUUCUUGAGGGCAUUUUCUUUUUUGUACAAAGCUGUCAUUCAGCUGUUUUAGGAACCUGCUCGAGGAUGCUUUAUUGUUUACAUUGUGAAUAUUAAAACCUGUAUCCUAUCUCACUGUGUUGUUCCCCUUGAUCCCGAGUCAGCCAGCAGUGGCUGUACUGUAAGUCACACCCCGCGAGUCCUUGCACAAAAGCAAUGCCAUAACGUGUGCGGGCGGCCUGGGACGGAUCGUUCCCCACUGCGUCCUGCUGCACUCCAGUCCCAGCGUGCUGUAGAGAGUAGCCCAUCGGUCCCUCGGUGGCGGUGUCUGUUCUGUAGUGAUGCUUGUGAUGGUGAAUGGCUGGUGUCUUUUUUUCCUUUUCGUUCGGUCAUUCUUUGGUGUGGUGGACAAGGUGAGACUCCUAGCUGUCGGUCUCGGCACCAGUCCAGCUUAAAGCCUUUAGAUUGUUCCUUCCAGAUUGCAACUGUUGACGGGCCCCCUCUCGGGCCCAGGCUGGUUCGCUGGCUCUCGGUUCGCUAGCACAGCGCUUGUUCGAGGGAGUCUGGGGCAGCCCUGUGGGGGAAGCAGGAAGCUGCACACUUCCCCCACCUCAUUCCCCCCAUGGCUUGGGGGUCCCCAUGAUGCACAUGGGAAGCAAUUUAAAGGUGCUUCUAUAUUUUCCCCAGGCUGAAAGAGGAGGACUGAGUCCACCUCUGACUUUGGAAGAGAGCCAACCUUACUUUCUCAGAGAUCUAGGACAGGAUGCCCAGAUCGGGUCUGUUUUUCAGCUCGAAGAACCCUCCCCACAACAGGCAUCUCUGCUGCCUCCCCCAACAUUAUGGUGAUAGGAAAUAGCAACUUGAGGCACAUAUGUGUUGAAGAUCUGCCUUUUCCUUCGUGUUUCCAGGGCACCAAACAGAACCUGGGCCGUGUGGCCCAGAAGUGAUCCCUGGCCAAUAUGCACCCAGAGUGAUUCAGGUUUCUGUCUUUUUUGGCUUUCGGUUUCCUUGGCAAAGCCCACGAGGGCUGUGCCUUUUCUCCUUUCUUCAAGCGUGACAGAAUUGUAGGAAUUGUUCUGAAUGUGGAAAUCCUGCCCCCAAAGACCCUUCCAUCACCCCCUCUCAACUCCUGUGUGUGUGUGUGUGUGUGUGUGUGUGCGCGCGUGCGCGCGUGUGCUCUUUUAAAUAAAGCAGGUGCUCCCUGAAGACUCUGGGACCUUUCUGAUUCAGUUAAAGCAGAGUAUAAAAGCCACUGGCCUCCUUCCUCGAUCUUCCCUGGUGGUUGGGACAUCCCACCUGUACCAUAGAUUUUUAUUACCGAUGUGCUCCGCUGUUUUUAAAUGUGAACUUGUGCACUGAUGUGCAGAUUCAAUGUUCUUGUUACAGAUUGAAUAAAUUUUUAUUUUGAAGAUGAA